UUUCUGUUAAAUUAAGCGUAUAUUUAAUUUGAGAGUAAAUAAGGGUUUAGGCGUACAGUUUUCAAGUUCAAUUUAGUUAAAUAGCUGUGAAGUUUAUCUUUUAUGAUAAUAAAUGCCAUGCCUAACCUAACACUGAAGUUAGAUUUGUACUGAUUUACAUUAUAUGUAUGUGUUUAUGAAUUUUGGACAUAAAUAAGUUUGGGUGAUUGAUAAUCGCUGAAAAUGAAGGCAGAAGAGCCACGUGUACAGUUAGAUGAGGUGCUUGGUAGUCUGGGAGGGAUUGGCAGACACCAGAUUAUCACGUUGGGCAUGUUAGCGCUGGUGUACGCCACCAACUCCAUGUACAAUGUGAACUACGUAUUCGCAGUCGAAGAUGUCAACUACAGAUGUAAAAUCCCUCAGUGCGACUCAAACAACUCGUUCUCUGCGGAGUGGUUCCUGGUGACACAGUCGACAACAGACUCCGAGGACAUCAGGCAAUGCAGCACACACCCGCCGCUGGAUGCAGACUGUUCCGCCUUCAACAACAAUUUAACAGAGACCUGCACCGAAUGGAUCUAUGACAUCCCAGACAGCUUUGUUGCUGAGUUUGGGCUGGCGUGUCAGGAUUGGAAGCCUCCUCUGGUGGGCACGGUACACAGCUUCGGUUGUAUGGUGGGUUUGCUGCUGCAAGGCCAGAUAUCAGACAGAUUCGGCCGCAAGACAGCGGCAGUAUUCGCAGGGACAAUGGGAGCUAUUCUGGGAAUCACAAAGAGUUUCUCCGCGUCCUUCUGGAUGUACGUCACGUUGGAGGGCCUUGAGGCUGCCAUAGGAGACGCGCUUUCACCCAUAUUCAUGCUCAGUAUUGAGUUCGUGGAGAAGAAACGCGCCGUGCUCUUCCAAAUGAUACUCUUGAACUGUUACACCGGCGGUCUGAUACUAAUGCCGUUCAUCGCCUGGGCUGUUCCUUACUGGAGACACUUCCUACGAGUCAUUUACGCACCAACACUCCUUAUUCUCUUUUACUCAUUAUUUCUUGACGAGAGCAUCCGCUGGCUCUUCAGUAAAGGACAAACACAGAAAGCUAUUAAGAUAAUCGAGAAAAUUGCAAAACGAAAUGACGUAUCUGUAAAUAGAGUAAUGUUGAAUAAACUUGAUUACGUGGACGAGGAAAAAUUCAGUGACAGGAAAUUGUUAAUGAAGACGUUUAGGUCUAAAAUAAUGAUGAAACGGUUCCUGGUGUGUACGGUAUGGUGGCUGACGAUCACGUUGAUCAACUACGGCAUGAUGAUCAGCUCGGUGCUGAUAGACGGCAACAAGUACAUCAACUUCGCGUUGCUAAUGAUGAUGGAUAUACCAGCGAACGUGUUCUAUUGGGUGGCGUUAUCCAAGUACAAGCGAAAGAUGCCCUUGGUGGUCUCGUUCAUAGUCGGCGGAGUGUUUUGUGUCUCGCAGCCGUUCAUGCCGAAGGGUUAUGCUUGGGUCGGACUGCUGCUCUUCAUGGCGUUCGAGACCCUGGCGACCUUCUCGUACAACAUCGUGUACAUGUACACCUCGGAACUGUUCCCUACCUACACCCGCAACUCGAUGCACGCCAUCUGCUCUGCUGUGGGUCGAGUCGGCUCCUUACUAGCCCCGCAGACGCCGCUGUUGAUGACGUACUGGGUUGGUCUUCCAGCUCUUAUAUUUGGGGUAUCAUCACUGCUAUCCGGAGUGCUCACACUGUUCAUGCCCGAAACUGCAAACAUACAGCUACCAGACACCGUGGAUGAAGCUGAAGCCAUCGGGAAACCUCUCAUCAAAGAAACCAGAGAAGAACUUAAGGGCCUCACUUAACAGAUAGACGACAUAUGAGUGACCUCAGAAUAUUUACUUCAUAAUAAUGAAUUUGAUACGUUUCGAGUAUUGUAACCAUUAAAGUUUACAUAGUAAAUAGGUAAUAAUUUUCGAAGUUGUCAAUAUAAAACUGUAUGAAUAAUAAGUUACUAAGAACACAGGCUUAGUCCUUAAUCUUCCAUUUAUAAUGCUGAAAAUAAUUAUAUCUUAUUUACUUUAUCAAUUUUGUUUUUUGACAACAUUAAUAGAGUUCACCAGUGGCUCCUUUGCACAUGAUGCCAGCUAUAUUAUGGGUACCACCACAAUGGCUCCUGUUUCUACCGUGAAGCAGUAAUGUGUAAACAUUAUUGUGUUUAGGUCUGAAGGGCGCCGUAGCUAGUGAAAUAACUGGGAAAAUGAGACUGCACAUCUUAUGUCUCAAGGUGACGAGCGCAGUUGUAGUGCCACUCAGAAUUUUUUUGACAUUAUACAUUGCACAACUGGGAAGAGACUUAACCCCAUGUCAAGGGCUAUCCUAGUUUGGGGGACGAGGGUAAUUUUAAGCAAAAUUGUAUUUUCUUUUAGCAAAAAAUAAAGAUUAAUUAUUAUAUUAUUAUA